AAUGCAGCGGCCCGAGGCCUGGCCACGUCCGCACCCGGGGGAGGGGGCCGCGGCGGCCCAGGCUGGGGGCCCGGCGUCGCCGCCCAUCCGAACCGGGGAGCCCCCGGGACUGCGGUUUCAGGAACCUUCCCUCUACAUCGUCAAGGCUGUCUUCAUCCUAGAUAAUGAUGGGCACCGGCUGCUGGCUAAGUAUUACGAUGACACGUUUCCCUCCACAAAAGAGCAGAUGGUCUUCGAGAAAAAUGUCUUCAACAAGACCAGCCGCACUGAGAGUGAGAUCGCAUUUUUGGGGGGCAUGACCAUCGUCUACAAGAGCAGCAUUGACCUCUUCCUGUACGUGGUGGGCUCCUCGCACGAGAAUGAGCUGAUGCUCAUGUCAGUUCUCACCUGCCUGUUUGACUCUCUGAGCCACAUCUUAAGGAAGAAUGUGGAGAAGCGCUGGUUGCUGGAGAACAUGGAUGGAGCCUUCUUGGUGCUGGACGAGAUUGUAGAUGGCGGUGUCAUUCUGGAAAGUGACCCCCAGCAAGUGAUCCAGAAAGUAAAUUUUAGGACGGAGGACAGCGGCCUGACGGAACAGAGUGUGGCCCACGUUCUUCAAUCGGCCAAGGAACAAAUCAAAUGGUCGUUACUGAAAUGAAGACCACGGAGUCAAGGCUCCCCGCCUCCAGAGAACCUUUGCCCCAACCCUGGCAAAAACACAGAGCCCUCAAGGGACAAGAGGAAUGCCCCCACCUUCCCCGAAGGGACUCCUGAAGUCUCAGGCUAGGAAUUUUGAGAAGCAAAAGCUUGGUUCCAGCUCUCUACCCCUGCUCAGCACCCUGGCCUGCCUCUGAGUCCCUGGGAGCCCUCAGAUCUUCAUCAGCCUCAGCCUGGGGCCCUAAUAAACCUGUUUUGUGGCUUGCCCAAGA